GAGCGAGAGACAUGAACACUCUCUGCGCACAACUGCCAGAGGGAGGGAGCACAAAAAUACUUAAGGGCCGACUCCACCGGACUGACAAACAGCAGGCCGACAUCUUGAAGACUCGUGACGAGAAUGCCAUGAAGGAUUCAAGAAUUGACCGGGCUGUGGGCCUCUGCAAAAAGUUGGUGAGCAAAGUACUUUCUCCUACAGCUGGAAGCGUAAGAGGGAGUUUUCAGCAGCACAAAAGGAACUGAAGCUCCCUGAGCACUCACUGAAAACAGAGUGUCCAACAAGGUGGGGAUCAUGUCAGGCCAUGAUAGAGAGUCAUCGAGCAGCAGAAGGCCAUUGCACAUGUCCUGUCUUCUGACAAGAAGUCUCGACAUCUUAUCCCAACAUGGCAGGACAUGGAUGUGCUAGAGGCGAUCAACAAAUCCCUGCACCCUCUAGUUGAUUUUACAGACGCACUAUUGGGUGAGAAGUAUGUGAGCGUGUCGUUUGUAAAGCCAGUUCUUCAUCUUUUCAACUCAUCAAUCUUGAAAGUUAAGGAUGAUGAUACUGACCUGUCAAGAGCAAUAAAGUCUAAAAUCCUGGAGUACGUAAAUGAAAAAUACAGCAACCCACAUAUCCAGGCUCUGUUGGACAUGGCAUCGACUGUGGAUCCACGUUUUAAGAUGAGCUACGUUGCUGAAGACAACCAAACAUCAAUACAAACCAGACUGAAAGUUGAGAUGCAGAUUGUGGCAAUGAUGGUGCCACCCCGAGAACCACCACAAGGAAACACUGAGGAGGAGGAGGAGGAUGCUGAAGCUGGAUGCGCUCCAAAGAAAAAGAUGACAUUAGGAAGCUACUUUAAAACCACUGAACAAGCCUUGCCACCUAACAACCAGGAACCCAGUGUAACCUGUGAGCUGCAGUCUUACUUACAGUCAUGCAACCUGGAUAGUGAAGGGGACCCACUAAAAUGGUGGAACGAACAUGAAAAGAUCUACCCAAGGCUUUCAAAAGUGGCAAAGAAAUACUUGUGCAUACCAGCCACAAGCUCUCCUUCAGAGAGGGCUUUUAGUACAGGCGGAAAUUUGGUUACUUGCUUGCGGUCUUCCCUAAAGCCUGAUCAAGUUGACAGGCUUGUGGUUUUAGCCAAAAAUCUGUAACAUAUGCAUAAAUGCACACUGGUAGGCAUAUCAUAGGAGAGUAAAAACAAGAAUUGUUUGUUAUUCACAUUCCAGUUUUAUUUUGUUUUGUAAUUUCCAUUUGACAUGUAAAAGAGGAACAGUUUUAUUUUUACCAGAGUUAAAAAAUCUCUGUUAGAAGCCUCAAUAUUAUGUUCUGACAUCUCUGUUUAUAGCCUAAUGUUUUAUGGCUGUAAAAUGCAAUAAAAAAGUUCUUAACUAAAAGAAUAAUCGUUGUUAUUAAUCGAGAUUAAUUUUUUGAGCAAAAUAAUCAUGAUUAACAUUUUUUCUGUUAACGUGCAGCCCUAUGAACUUCCCAUCACUACUUUGUUUCCGCUUCCAGUAAUGUUUUCCUCCUCAUGUCAAUAAUAUCCAGCUGCGGAAUCGCAGCUGCAGUUUCUGAACAGCGGUCACAGAAUGAGGGCACGGAGCUUUCGUUCUUAGAUGAAGUCGCGCCACCUAGAGUCUUGGAGUGUGAUUUGCGAUUACAUGCAAAAACGUCAUAUUCUUAAAUAAGGCUGCUUUUCAGGUC